AUGUCGGCUAUAGGAAUGCCCCCGCACAUUUUAAUCCUGUUUCAGGCAAGACCAUUACUAAGUUAUUACAAACCAAUUGAGAAGAAGAAAUCGAAAGAAUAUAGUGGAGUUUUUGAAUACCUAAAUUUGUUUGAGGAUAAAGAACCUCCACCAAAAAUUAAAUUAGAGAAUUCAAAGGAAAGAAGAGAAAGGAAAAAAAAGGAGAAAAUAACAUACAAUGAAUUAAUGCUUAAAGAAAUGAGAAAAGAUUAUGAUCCUUUUAAAAAUGUUGAUUUAACUACCGACCCAAAAAAGACGAUAUUUAUUGGUAGAUUAUCAUACGAUGUAAAUGAAAAAAAAUUAAAAAAAGAAUUUGAAAUAUAUGGAAAGAUAAGGAAAGUAAAAAUAAUUUAUGACAAGAAUUUUAAACCUAAAGGAUAUGCCUUUAUCGAAUUCGAACAUACAAAAAGUUUUAAUGAUGCUUAUAAUUUAGCAGACGGGAAAAAAAUAGACAACAGAAGAAUCCUUGUUGAUAUAGAAAGAGGUAGAACUGUUAAGAAUUGGGUUCCCAGAAGAUUAGGAGGAGGAAAAGGACCUGCAAGGGGUUCAGAUGAAAGGAAAAAAAUUAAUCAUAACAUUAAUUGGACAGCACUGAUUAAUAAAGAUAAAUACAGAAAUGAUAAGAAGAAAGUAGAGGAAAUUUACAAGAAUGUGGCUUUGUAUAAUGAAAGAAAUGAUGAUGAUAGUGAUGAUGUGAAUGAUGUGCUCAAAAAUGCUAAGCGGCAUAAAAGAGAUGAUCACAGGAGCUCGAAGCGGGAUCGACACCACAGAAGCAGACACAGUGAGUCAAACGACAGACAUCAGCACAAACAUAGACGAAGAGACAGAGAUGGAGAUAAGGAUUGGGAUGGAGAUCCUGGUAGGGAUAGAGAUAAAAACAGGGAGAGAGACAGAUACCGAGAAAAGGAGAGGGGUCGAGAUAGAGACCGGGACCGAGACAGGGAUAGACACCGAUACAGAAGUCGAGAGAGGGAAAAAGAAAAUGACGUUUACAUUUCCAAUGAAAACGAAAGGAAAGGAAAACAUGAUGAGACCGCUCCACACUUGAAUAUGCCAAAUGGGCAUGGAGCAGACCCAUAUGGAGGAAGAGAGUACGGUUAUUAUAACAAUUAUUAA